AUGGGCUGGUUCUGGUCCUCCCCCUCCUCUCCGGCAGCCUCUUCAGGCAAGCCUACCGAGACCUCAAGUCUCCCUGCCGCCACACAACCAGAAGCUGCUCCCCCAGUGCGACAACAACUAACACCAUCAACACCGUCUCCCUCCUCCUCCGCCGCCUCAUCCGCCGACGCCGAGCUCCAGAAAUUCCUUGAAAUGCUCCAAGGCGACGACUCCAACAAGUCCUCCCAGCCUUCCCAACAACAACCAACACCAUCGUCAACCUCGUCCGAACCACCAGCGGCUCCCUCCGUCCUAGCAAAAUACAAAGCCUACAUCCCCUUCUCCUCCCUCCUCAUCAAAGACGACGAGCCCGAGCCCGAGCCCGAACUCCCCAAAAAGACGCGCUCCCCAACCUCCAUCGCCAUGUCCGAGCACUGUCUCCCGACAACGUUAUCCUGCCGGGACGCCUUCGACUACGCCUGGCACUGCCAAACGCCCGGGUCGCAGUUCAACGCCGUGUACCGCUACGGCACCAUGAAGAACUGCUCGGAGCUGUGGGACGAUUUCUGGUUUUGCAUGCGUACCAAGAGCUUCAGCCCCGAAAUGAAGGCCGAGGCCGUCAAGGAGUAUUACAGAAAAAAGGAGGAGGCCAAGUACGGCGGCGGGCAGCCGAGCAGCGAGGAUGUGUGGGAGAGUCGGGAACGCAGGGUGGAGUGGGAUAGUGAGUUUCGGCAGGGGUGGGAGGGGGAGAAGGUUAGUGACGAGGAGUUUAAGAGGAGGGAGAUGGAGAGGAGGAGGAUGGUUAGGGAGCAACUUGGGUUGGAUGCUAAGAACUAG